CCACAUACAUUGAAUUCUAUAACCAAUCUCAAUCAUAGAUGUGUCUUUUAGCACGUUUGGUAAUUUUUACAAAUCCAUUGAACCUUGAAUAAAUUUUCACUUAAGUGCAUUUUUUGAAGCUCAAUAUAAAAGGCCUUGUAAAUUAUGCUAAUGACAUUAUUCUUACACAAAUAAUGGAAGAUGAGUUAAAGGAAAAGGUGAAACAAGAUGAAUUACCAAAGAAAAUAAAGUAUAGAGGAGUAAGGAUAAGGCCAUGGGGAAAAUGUGCAGCAGAGAUUCGAGAUUCGGCUAGACAUGGAGCUCGAGUUUGGCUUGGUACAUUUAACACUGCUGAGGAAGCUGCAAGAGCUUAUGAUCGUGCUGCUUUUGAAAUGAGAGGUUCUUCAGCUAUUCUUAACUUUCCUCAUGAACAUUAUUUUCCUUGCAGUGUGGUAUAUAACCCUUCUAAGCCGUCUUCUUCCUCCAAUUCAACCUCAUCAUCAUCAUCUUCAAAGGUUAAAUCGGAACUUGUUGAACAAGUUAUAGAGUUUGAGUAUUUGGAUGAAAAAUUAUUAGAGGAACUCUUGGAUUUUGAGAGCAUCAUCAACCAGGACUUGUUCAAGUAGGAGUUACUUGAUUUAAGCAUGAGUGAUUUUGUUCUGUUUUUAAUCCUAAAUCUUUGUUUAUUACUAUGUCAACGAGUUGUUUUGUUGUUACACAACGUUUAUCAUUAUUUACAUAUGUUUUUGUU